UUUACAAAGCGGAACUGUUUGUGAGGGUUCUCUAAGCGCUCCGGAAUAAUUUCUCAGUGCACCGCUGAGGUCUGCAGUACUCUCAGACGGUGAGAAACUAACUGCGCCCCAGCACAGAUUGUCACAGUGAAUAGACCUUGUUGAACAGGGAGAUGGCGCUGCGUGCUUGUGGCUUCAUCAUUUUUCGUCGUCUAGCCAGCUGUGUCCCUCCACCAGACAACAUCGAGUACCUCCUCCUGCAGACAUCUUAUGGGGAACAUCACUGGACCCCACCCAAAGGUCAUGUGGACCCAGGUGAGGACGACCUCACCACAGCUCUGAGAGAGACCCGGGAGGAGGCAGGGCUGGGGGUGGAGCACCUUCGGGUGAUUGAUGGCUUUCUGCAGGAGCUUCGCUACGAGGUGCGAGGCCGGCCUAAAGAGGUGCUGUACUGGUUGGCCGAGCUGAGAGACCCGGGGAUGGCAGUGACUUUGUCUGACGAGCACCAGGACUACCGCUGGGCCCAGCUGGAGGAAGCCUGCGCUCUGGCUCGGUACAAAGACCUGCAGGACACACUGAGAGCAGCACACAAACACUUGGAGGCUCAGCAGGAGAAACAGUAAUGAAGGAGCAAUUUAAAAGAAAAGGGAGACUGUGAACUGGCAUGUGGGACCCUUGGACUUAAGUUAGUAGAGCGCAGUGUGACAGUAUGUCUGCAGUUAAUGUGUCUACUGUAUCAUGUAAGUCUGAGUAGAGUCCCUUCUUUCAAAACAAAGAUGAGCAGGGAGGACUGUAUGUGUCUUUGAAUUUUCUAAAUCAUAUGUAAUUACAUUAAAUGGUAAUUGUUGUAAUUGUUACUUGAAGGCGAGAGAAAAAAAGACAAAUGCCCUCAAAUCACUGGAACAGUAUAAACCUGAACAGGGGGAUGUUUUAUGUUUUAAUACUGUCUGUAGUUAAUAAAUAAAACAGUGCUGUGUACCUGA